GUCAGGAGCUCGAAGGAGCUGUGUAGAAGGUCGAUGGUGGAGAACUUGAGUUACGAGGAGACGGCAGAGAUGGCCUUCAAGAUGGGUCCUGCAGGAUGCAGAAGGUGUCACAGAGCUGUCUUCUACAUUAUCAACGUCUUCCUUGUUAUUACACAGCUCGGAUUCUGUUGUGUCUAUUUUGUCUUCAUACCCCAGAACAUCCACGAUGCAGUGAAGUGCAUGACUCCCGCUGGUACCAACAUCUCCAUCUAUAACUACAUGGAGAUGAUGAUCGUGCCUCUCCUCCUUAUAUCCUACAUCCCCAACAUCAAGGUGAGAACAUGCAUCCUUCUGAGUAUUGUUAUUUCUCAGAGAAAAUUACCGACAUUUAACUUCAUUACAUAAUGACUUGUUCUGUGGUGCCUCUUGUAUGACCCGUGAUCAACUCAACACAUUCUUCUGAGUUAAGGUAAAAUUUAUGCUCCACCUCCAAUCUAUUGUUUGAGUCAAGUCACUGUAUGCAGGAUAUCGCUCCCCCCAGCAAGUUGAAUGACCUGGACAAAGUAACAGAGGUAUGCGUUAAACCUAGUAAGUAUGACAGCGCCCACCAGGCGAGGGAGAGUGAAUCUGGUAAGUGGCAAUUUAAGAGGCAGACCCAGGAGCUAAAACUCGACCCCUUGCAGCCACACACACACACCUUCAAUGAGCAUACAUUAUUACAUUUACGAAAGAAACACACACAGUGUGACUUGUAAAUGGUCCAAGUCGGACCGAAAUGUAGUCGUCAGCUCCACUCUUCUACAUGCGGGUUAUUUGUGCAUCGUUCCAGUCACGGUAUUGUGCUUUUUUUUAUUAUUUACGAAAGAAGUUCUAAACUCGUAGUUGCCAUACAGUCCCUGAGGAAUGGGACGCAUCAAGGACCCUCGCUUAAGGGGGUCAGUGUAAUGGCAACACAGGAGGGCCCCGCUUAUACGGCAAAAAUAGCUGUGAAGUGAAUCAUAGCCUUUUUGUUUUACUUGCAAAUACAUAUACAGUACACACAUUACUUACCUUAAAAUAUUUUCGCCCUUAGCUUAUAGUAA